CCACCCCCCUGCUGCUGCUGGGCUUGCGAUUGCCGCUCGCUCCAGCUGAGCUAAGACUAGCAGCAGCACCAGGGCAGGGACUGACUCCAGCCCUUGGACUUAGGACAACGCAACAGCUUCUCUUGCGUGCGUGACUCAUUCGCACAUCAUUUCUGUUUAUGUCUGGGGUGGGGAGAAAAAUCCCAAACCAGAUGGAGAAGGAGAUUGCAGGAACUCAUCUGGGAGGUUUUCAUGGGCCAAGUCUGGAAGAGAAAUAAGGCCUGUUUGCCCAGGAAGAAAAAGAAAUGGGUUUGCUGUGUAAAUGAGUAUGGAAGAUUAUGAUUUCCUGUUUAAAAUUGUUUUAAUUGGCAAUGCUGGUGUGGGGAAGACGUGCCUAGUCCGACGAUUCACUCAGGGUCUUUUCCCCCCAGGUCAAGGAGCCACAAUUGGAGUUGAUUUUAUGAUUAAGACAGUGGAGAUUAAUGGUGAAAAAGUGAAGCUUCAGAUCUGGGACACAGCAGGUCAAGAGAGAUUUCGGUCCAUUACCCAGAGUUACUACCGAAGCGCCAAUGCCUUGAUCCUCACCUAUGACAUAACCUGUGAGGAAUCCUUCCGUUGCCUUCCCGAGUGGCUGCGGGAGAUAGAACAAUAUGCUAGCAACAAGGUCAUCACUGUGCUAGUGGGCAACAAGAUUGAUCUGGCCGAAAGGAGAGAGGUCUCCCAGCAGAGAGCUGAAGAAUUCUCAGAAGCUCAGGACAUGUAUUAUCUGGAGACCUCAGCCAAGGAAUCCGAUAACGUGGAGAAACUCUUCCUUGACUUGGCGUGCCGCCUCAUCAGUGAAGCCAGGCAGAACACACUUGUGAACAAUGUAUCCUCACCCUUACCAGGAGAAGGGAAAAGCAUUAGCUAUUUGACUUGUUGUAAUUUCAACUAAAGGCUGAGGCAAAGAGAAACAAAAGGAAUCAGCAGCUGCCCUGAUGGGCCACGAAUUGCUAGGGAGAUGUGGCUAUGACUGUGGUUCCCGCUCUUGGACCUUCUGACUCCUGUGGGCUCCUGAGCUUACAAAGCAUGGCAGGCCAAGGGCCUUGUCCACAGGCCAGCAUUAGCAGAACAUAUAAUGGUUUCACCCUUUUGCAGUCUGGAGUCGGAGCAAGGAGAAAAUUUGCACUAGGCGCUCCAUGAUCUGCAGAGCAUGUUGCUUUUGUUUUUUUAAAAAAGCAAGUAAAAGCGCAUUCCUGAGCACAGCCCAGGGGGAAAUGUACUGUAGGGUUCCCUCCUGCACGUCAGUGGGUGCAUGAAGGGGCUGUUCUUUAGGGCUUCUGGGGGCCCUGGUUUUCUUGUCUACCAGACAAACCAAAACUGGGAAGGCCAAGUCCUGUCUCUGUGGUGCAUAUUGACGACCCCAUGGAGAUUUUCAAAAGUGUUAUUUCUCUUGUCCACAGGCACUUUCAAGAACUUUGGGAUGUAAAAAUGAAAUGAAACCUUUACCCAUCACCAACAGUAACAGUCAUUGUUUUAAUAAUAUAUCCAAGCUCCAUGACUCCUUUUGGUGCUAAUGAUUCCACUCUAUCACAGACCAAACGUUUUAGUACAUUGAUGUCCUUAAAUGUAUUACAUAGAAAUAAAAAAAAAAUAAGGGACGUCUAUGAAUCAGCACUCUUUCUCAAAGUCUCAUUACUACCUUUUCUAGGGUGGGUGUGUUGGAAAAAAGAAUACUUUCCUUUUAUGUUCCCCUCUAAAUCUCUACCACCUUCUUCUAUUUUCUUAUCUUUCCUGCCCUGUAAGUAAACAAAAAAGUUUGAAAAAUGAAAAAACCCCAAUGGUCUGAUGAUAUUCCAAUAUAAAAGAUUAGCUCUAAGACAUUAUGAGUAGUGUGAGGAAACAGACCAGAUCUGACCAAAAUACUGUGGAUUAAUGGACUGCAGUGCAGAGUUCAAGCAGAGCACAGUCCUUGGUAGCAGGUCGCACCUUUUACUUCCUGGUACUAUCCAUCUUGGACAGACCAAGGCUUAGGCUUUUGUAGAUGUUUUUAGUAUGAUAAGUGAGAAUAGCAUCAGAUAAAGUCUCACGAACCAUUUUUGUAUCUUCAAUGAUAACCUUAGAAAAAUUCUGCUUGUGGAAGCAGGUUGAGUAGUCGUUUGUCACCUCCUUCUUGUAGUAACGUUACUCUCAGACUCAUGACCAUACAUUCUUUCCUGUUUCUUUUUCUUUUUCUCUCUCUCUUUCCUGGUCUCCUCCUGCUUUCCUCCUAAACUCUCUCCCUUCCUUAUAUGCAUGUGUUGCUGCAAAUCUCCAAUUCAGAUGGAGAUGUAUAUGCCUUUACGUAGCCAAUUUUAAAACAGGACUCAAAAUGGAAGACAUGCUGCUGAAUAUGUGUUACUGUUUCUUCAGUGCCAUACUUUGAUACCUUCUAAUUUGUUUACUGAUAUAAAUGCAAAUCGGGAAAAUAAUUAAACCUGUAUGCUGUUCAUGCUGUCA